GCCAAAACCAUCAGCAGAAAAGAAGAAAACGUGGAUGACGAUAUGAAUGAUUCAUUCAUCAGCGAUUCAUCAUCAAGUUCAAUUAAAACUACACGAAGUUCCUUCAUGUCUGCUUCCCUUGAUAACAAACAAGAUCUUGAUAGCAUAUCACCUGGCUUAGAAGGGAGCGAGACCAAAUUCGUUGAUGUAGUUCAAGUUGAAGAAGAAAUUCUGGAAAUUGCUCAUGACGAAAUAACCUCCAGUUCAUCUGAAGGAGAGAAUAAUGAUUGGAAUGACAAGAUCAACGUUUUUUUUCAAGGUUCUCCGGAACAACAAUCAUCCAAUCUGUUUAAGAAACUACGAAAAUCUGAUGAACAAGACAUUUUCAACAAAGAGGACGAGGAUGAUGAGACAACAGAUAACGUUGACGCGGUCACGAAUGACAAUAUUCAUAAUGAAUCCGAAACUUCCAGCAAUGAUUACAAUGAAGAGCUUGAAGAUGACGAGAAAAUAAAUUUUGAUUUAACAAACAUUACGAAGGAACUACAAAAAGAACCUACGGUUGAGUGGAAGGUUGGUUCCAUCAAUGUGACACAGAAGUUUCGGCAAUAUCAAAUAGAGGUGCUUAAAAAGGCGGAUAAGGGAGGGUUGACAUAUGAAAAAAUUUACGAAAUCUU